CUUCUUUAAGUGAAGUAUCAAUAAUCGUAGAGUUCUGGGAGGAUACUCGGCUAUAACAUUUUACUGUAAUUUACAAAAACAUCUUAUUUACUCAGUUGAUGAACAUGCAUGUUUUAAUAUUAUUCGGAACAGAUGUAAUUUGUUAAUUAAAUUCCUGUGAAAUAUGUUUGGUUGAUUGAUAUAUAUGACGAUUAGUGUGGGGGUACUUAAAGAAGGAAGUUUAAUCAAUACGUUACAUAAUUCAGAAUGAACGCCACGAAUGAUACCACGGAAUGUCAUCACUUUGAUCUUCUAUGUUUGGACAGACAUAAUAAAACGGAUCAGGCAUACACCAUUCUUAUGAAAUAUAUUUUUCCGAAUUUUUAUGAAUGGAUUUAUAUUGCAUUAUUUAGUAUAGUUUUUAUCUUUGGUUUAAUUGGUAACAUUUUAGUAUUUUGCGCUGUAUGGAGUAAUGUUCAUCUACGGAAUACAACAAACUUUUUCUUGGUUAAUUUGUCCAUAGCCGAUUUCUUGGUAUUACUUGUAUGCUUGCCACCAACCGUUAUACAUGAUAUUGCCCAGACAUGGUUCCUUGGAGAUAUUAUGUGUAAAAUCAUAACAUAUUUACAGUGUGUCAGUGUGUUAGUAUCUGUGGUGACCUUGACCGCUAUAUCAGUUGAACGAUACUUAGCUAUCUGCCGACCAUUGUCAUUCCGAGGCUCCAGGUUCCGAACAGCGCUUGCUGUGCUGAUAAUAUGGAUACUUUCUCUAGUGGCGUCAUGUCCAUAUCUAGUGUUUAUGACAUCAAUUCAUGAUGAUUUAGUUCCUGAAUCUAUUGUAUUGCUAACAAGUUGUGUAUCAUCCGAUUUCAACCAAGAAUACAUAUUCCAGAUAUUUUUGAUGGUAAUAUUUUUCCUGAUUCCAUUCCUCAUAAUGACAUAUACAUACAUUCGGAUCGCUUUGUGUUUAUGGAGAAGCAGUACAUCAGGUUCGGUUGCUUUAGAUAGUAGAUCGGAAGCAGCAACAAUACAAUCUAGAGCGAGAAGACGAACUGCCCGGAUGUUGAUAGUUGUAGUUAUUGUGUUUUUUAUUUGCUAUAUUCCGGUUUAUUUGAGUAAUAUAUUCAGAUAUGCUGGUUUGACAAAUACAACCAAUCAAGAUGUCCUUGCUUUAACAACUUUAACGUCUCAUCUUCUUUGCUAUUUCAAUAGUGCCAUCAAUCCUGUUAUUUAUAAUUUUAUGAGUGAAAAGUUCAAGAAAGAAUUUCGUGUGGCUUGUAAACUUUGUGGCUUAGCAAAGACACAUAGAAGACACGGAACAUUAACAGCUAAUGUCAAAAUGGACACUGUAACAGAGUAAGUAUCAAAUAACAAGGUUUGCAGGGACAACGAGGGAUAUUUUAGAACCGUUU